UCCGGUGUAGACUUCAGAAAGCAAAGGACAAAACACCUCCCUUUCUAAAUUAUUAACAUCUUCUUUUCCUCCAUGAUCACAUCUUCCAAACUUAUUUCUUCCUCCAUCUCCAUGAAGAAGUAAUAAGUUAUAGUUAGUAACUAAUCAAGAGGAGAAAGAGAGAGAGAUAAUUGAUAAACAAGCUGGCUAAUCCAUGGUGGGCGGGUCAACUGAGCCUUCCGAGGCCGGGAGAACUAGCUGUGGCGUCCUCGGCGGCAGCCAGGCGUCCCAGGAAGGUCGACGAUGGAGACACGGACGACGACGAGGUGCUUCCUUCCAAGGAGUCUGAUGAGGUCGACGCCGAUCUCAGAGAGGGCGCGGUGGAGGCCGGGCCCCGUCGCCCCCGUGGCCGCCCUCCGGGGUCCAAGAACAAGCCCAAGCCGCCGAUUUUCAUCACCCGAGACAGCCCCAACGCGCUCCGCAGCCACGUGAUGGAGGUCGCCCCCGGCGCCGAUGUGGCGGAGUGCAUCGCCCAGUUCGCGCGCCGCCGCCAGUGCGGCAUCAGCGUCCUCAGCGGCGCCGGAGCCGUCGCCAACGUCACCCUCCGCCAGCCCUCCGCCCCCGGAGCUGCCGUCGUCUCCCUGCAGGGCCGCUUUGAGAUCCUGUCGCUCGCCGGCACGUUCCUGCCCGGGCCGGCCCCGCUGGGCUCCACCGGGCUCAUCGUGUACCUGGCCGGCGGGCAGGGGCAGGUCGUCGGGGGCAGCGUCGUGGGCGCGCUCGUCGCCGUAUCUCCCGUCAUGGUGAUCGCGGCCACGUUCUCCAACGCCACCUACGAGAGGUUGCCACUGGACGAUGAGGACGACGGCCCCGCCAACAGCGGCAGCGCCGGCCCUUUGCCCACUGCCGGCGGCGGAGGAUUGCCCCCAGAUCCAUCUCUCUUGAGCAUGUACACCUUGCCUCCGUAUUUAAACGGCCACGACGCCCUAGCAUGGCCUCAUCCGCGGCCUCCAUCAUUCUAGCCCUAGCCGCCGGCCCUGUCUGUAUAAUUUCAAGGUAAUAAAAAAAAAAACACAAACUAAAUUAAGAAGUCCGGCGAACUUCAGCUUGUCUCUAUAUUUGUUUAGAUUUGGUGAGAAUCUGUGCAAGAUCUUUAGGUUAAAAAUUUAUAUUAUUAGGGCAAAACAAUCAAUGGCGUUGUAGUACAUAAAAUAUUAGUAAUCAGGCAUUUAAAGUUGUGGUUUGCUCAA